AUGCCUUCCCUCUUCAAGCAGAUUAAGAAGAUUUUCAGGUCGGAUUCCAAGAAGGGCAUGACCAAGUCUGUCACGGCUGUCCCAACUGCCUCUGCCACUGUCCCCGCCGUUGCUAUUGCUUCGUCUGCUGCUGCAGCAGUCUCCACUCAUCCCGAGAACACGCACACCAAUCACACCUUCGCUGCUCUCGUCAAGUCCGAUGCCCAAUUGGCCUCUCUUGCCGAUCAUCACUACACUAAGGCUGUUGGUGCUGAACGCGUGGAUGUCGCCAAAGCCGCUCUUGAGGCCAACGGCUUUAAGGUUCAUGUUGUCAACAGCCGCGGAGAGGCUUUCGAGACUCUCAAGGGGCUGAUCCCUUCCGGCGCCAGCGUCAAUAACGCCCAUUCCACCACCCUCGAAGAGAUCGGAUUCAUUACCUACCUCAAGGGUGAGACUGUCUGGAACAACGUUCACGCUCAGAUCCUCGCCGAGAAGGACAUGGCUAAGCAGGCUGAGCUCCGCCGCACCAUUGGCUCAACCGUUGAUUACUACUUGACCUCUAUGAGUGCAGUUACCGAGGAUGGUAAACUGGCACAUGCUGAUCUCUCCGGAUCUAAGGUCGGCGGUGUCGCUUUCGGUGCUGCCAAUGUCAUUGUCGUUGCUGGAGCCAACAAGAUUGUUAAGGACGAGGAGGAGGCCUGGAAGCGCACCAACGAAUUCGCCCUCCUUGCUGAGAGUGCCCGUGCACGCGAUGCCUAUGGCGUCCCUGCUUCGGCCAUCGCCAACUACGAGGUCAUUCGCAAGGCCAACCCUUUUAACCCCAGCCGCAUCCAGGUUAUCCUUGUUAACGACGCUCUCGGAUUCUAA